CAUGAUCCGAGCUGCCAGUAUUAUAUGGGUUCUAGUGAUAUGUCCAGGAGGUUUUUCUCAGAACAAUCGUGUCACCCAGAAUCCUCCUGAUCUCUUUGCUGAUUCUGAAAAAUCUGUUAAAAUCCAGUGUGAGCACAGUGUACCAAGUUAUGAUCAAAUCAACUGGUACAGACAAAGUCAAGACCGCACACUGACCCUUAUUGGAUAUCUUUUACGAACGUUACCACCAAAAAUUGAAAAAGAUUUUGAGGGUAAAGUGGAGAUGGCUGGGGAUGGGAAAAAAAACGUCUUUUUGACCAUCAAUGAUCCCGUCUCCAGUGACAGUAUGGUGUACUUCUGUGCUGCGUAUUACACAGUGCUGCAUAUCUGCUUUAUUCAGUACAAAAACCUCUGUUGUCUGGACAUUGGCGAGCAGGGUGCUAGCCAGAGGUGUGCGGUGUGUGCACGGGCUCUCGGCCUGUUCCUGAGGCCGGCUCGUUUCCCCUGGGCCGCCACUUCAGAUCUAAGCAUGAACAAACUUCUGUGUAUAUUUACUCUCAUCACCGUCAUCCUGUCUUUAAUCUGGUCAGCAGUCUUUGCUGUCAGUAAAGAAGUUCUCCAAACUCCUCGCCAUCUGCUCAGGAAGCAUGGGGAAUCUGCAGAGAUUGAGUGUUCUCACAAGAUUCCAGACUACGAUCGCAUUCUGUGGUACAAACUAACCCGAGACAGAGAGUACCAGUUCAUGGGAUACAACUUUCUUACACAAUCUCAGCUGGAGCCUGAAUUUAACAAUCAGGUGACCUUGACAGGGAACGGAGACAGUAAAGGCACACUGACCAUUAAAUCCACAACACCUAAUGACAGCGCAGAAUAUUUCUGUGCAGCAUUUCCACAGUGUCUCACAUCUCCUCACCCCUUUACAAAAAACAUUGUCGUAUAA